UUAAAAUUUUAGUAGUAAAUAUUUAAAAUGUUAUGCAUUAAUAUCAGUAAAAUAAUUUUCAUAAUUGAGAAGAGUUUCGUAAAAAUAAGAUCUGUUAAUAGUUAUAAAAAAAAUAAAGACUGCAUUUUCAAUUUUAUUUAACUGGAGUAAUUUUUUUUUUUUAGAUAUUUAGCUACGGGUUGUUCAUUUUCUGAACUUCGUGUAAAUUUUAAAGUGGGUGCAAGUACCGCCCGUGGCAUAGUUUUAGACACAUGCAAAAUAAUUUGGAAUAAAAUGAAGGCUUCAUGCAUGCCAGAAUUAACAAAAAAAGAUUGGAUAGAAGUUGCGGAAAUUUACAAAAAAAAAGCUAAUUUCCCUCAUUGCCUCGGACCUAUUGAUGGGAAACAUAUACGGAUUAGAAAACCCAGCAAUACGGGAUCGGAAUAUUUUAAUUAUAAAAAUUAUUUUUCUAUUGUACUAAUGGCCGUCGUCGACGCCAAUUAUAAAUUUUUAGUUGUCGAUAUUGGUGCAUACGGAAAAGGCUCAGAUUCACUAGUAUUUCAAGACAGUCAUUUUGGUCAAAGACUUCAACGUGAUGAACUAGAUCUACCACAAGCAUCCAUCAUUGAUGGUUACAAUGAGCCCGUUUUUCCGUAUGUGUUUUUACUUCGAAGACAUAUUCCCACUGGAGCCCUACUUGUAGUUCAACGUCGAAGACUGGUUGGCAAAAAUAAAUCGAAAGAACACUCGGAAGUGUACAGGGAGUACCCCUCUGCCACGAUCGACCACUAUUACGUCAACCAGCUCCGGGAGCGAUUCGACUUCGCAGUGCUCCAGCAGAAGGCCGAUAUACUGCUACGGGAAGUGGCCGCAGCAGGAUACCAUCGAGAGAACGUGAAUCAGUAA